AAUGCACCGCGCGAAAAGGUUUCCAUAGAGACCAUUGACUGUAUAAUAUCUGUCUAUGAGUUUAAAGCGCUUCGAAAUGUCCCAGAAAUGGAUGAAUAAAUGUGACAUUAUCUUUAUAAACAUUACGGGUUAAUUUUAACCAUAUAGUAUUUUAAAUUGCAGCUCUUUUUCUAAAGCUAAAUAUAAUUCGCGCUUUAUGCUAGCUAGCUUCAUUUAGAAGAACUGGUGCAUCAAGCUAACUUUAGAGCAAAAAUACUUAAAGUGCAUCCCAACAGACAGCAAAGAUGUCUCAGCUGCUGGUGAAAGACGAGGUGGAGUUACAGUCCCUCCUCAAACAGUUUCUAAAAAGUAUCAGUGAGAAAAUCGCUGGCGCCCCUUCGAGUGAAGCUGCUCAAGAGAUCCUCCUUCACCUGGAGGAGACUGACAAGAACUUCCACAGUUAUGAGUUUGUGAGAUACCUUCGUCAGUAUAUAGAGAGCUCUUUGGGCGCCGCGGUGGAGGAGGAGAUGCUGAACUUGACCUUAGGAGAAAGGCAACACGGGACCGGGUCAGGACACGAUGCUUUGAUUAACGCUGUCACAUGCCGGACCAAAGACUCUGCUGAGUAUCAGCAGACGAUGCAGACCUUGAAAGCCUCACUGAGCUCCAUUGUGGAGUGUUUAAGCAACAAAUACAAGGAGGGCCAGCUGAGAAAAGAGGAGACGCACAGAGAGAGGGAGCACAGCCAGCCCAGCAGCCACUUCACCGACAGCUGCUCUGAUAGCGACUCCUCCUUCAACCAGAGCUACGCCUUCAUCACACAGGAGCAGCUGCAGCUUCUAGCUGAAAGACUCGAGCCCAGCAAGCCCAAAGAGAUGCGUCGGGAGGCGUUGCACGCCCUCUGCCGCGCGUCUCCGUCUGAUCUGUUGAGCUGCGAGAGCUGGAGCACCCUGCGCAGGAAUCUGUUGGCGGCUCUGAAUGAGGCCGAGCUCAGCGAAAAUGCUCUGCAGUUUUUUGCUAAAAGCUUCUCCUCCUCUCCGCUCAGUGUGACCAGAGAGAUGUUCACCAGUUUAGCUAAGAAUGUCGAAUCCAGUUUUGUGUCUCACAAGCUGAACUUCCCGAGCGGCUCAGCAACUCUCGACAUCAACACACCUAAGAUCACCCGCCUUCUCAAGCAGAUUCGACUGAUAAAUGACUUCCAGAAGGAGGUGGCUUCCUUCUGGAUUCGCCAUCCAGAGAAAUACAUGGAGGAAGUGAUAGAGAGCACUUUGUCGCUGCUGUGCUUCCAUCACCCACAUGGUUCAGCGGAGAAGACCCUGGAGCCGAUACAUUUACUGACUCUACUGGACAUCAAAGCGUCCUGGUUCAUCAAGUGGAUGCAUGGUUACUACAGCAGGAAUGUUGUUCUCAGACUCUUGGAGAGAAAGUACAAGUCUCUGGUGGUGGUGGCCGUUCAGCAGUGCGUCCAUUACAGCGAGGCCAGCGAACGUUUCAGGGGCGACGUGAGCGAUGUGGGGAAGCAGAGGAACGUCA